UUUACUUACAUUCGGUUGAUUAACACUUCCUAGUGAAUUGUAUUUUUCUAAGCACAAUUUACUUAGGAACACGUAGGUUGGUAAAAUUAGUUUUUAUUUUUGUAACGAAUUAUGGAUUCGAAACGGCCGGGUUCCGAGACUGGCGACGGUCCAGAACCGAAGCGUGUAGACACUACCGAAGAUAAGGAUAAGUUAGGAGUGCAUGGCAAUCUAGUGUCGUUGGAUGCCACUCAUGUCGCCCCCUUUCCGGGCAACGUAUGCACUUCCACGCUGGAGUCGUUCAUGUUCCAGCCUACGCCGGCCGUCAGCCAACUCAUUUGGAGUCCAACCUCUGAGAACGACCUUGAUCUAGAGAAGAGCGCCAUUGGUGGCAAGAAAGCAGAGACUUCACAGGGAAAGUUAUCGCGCCGCGAGCAGGCCAAGUCUCGCCGCGAGGACACAAUGAAGGCUCUGGCCUUAGAACGCGAGCUCACCUUCAAACCGGGCCAGAGUAACACAUCCGUCGUGCUUGUUGUCCGCUUCCCUGACCCAGAGGUCACAUCUUCCAUGCUAACUGACAUAUCCAAAGAUAUUCGAGAUGUGGUCAUGCCACACAGCGUGGCUCCCCGAUACUGCCUGGUGUACCUCAAGAGUGGUGCCGAUGUCGAAGCAGCCAUAGCCGACAUAAACAAGGUACGCUUUGGAACCGGGUUCCUAGAGGCGGAGCACAAGCACUUCUCAGACGAGGAGCAAGCCGAUUUCAUUGAUCCGUGUUCCCUGUAUGUGAGCAACAUACCUUUUAACAUGACCACAUCGGCCAUCAAGGCCUGUUUUGUCAACGCUCUAAGAGUGGACAUCGGAGUGCUGAAGCGCGAGAAGCGCGCUCGCUACGCUUUUGUGCGUUACGCCUGUCCAGAGGCUACCAUAGCUGCGUUCAAGGAGCUGGUCAGCUGUCCCUUGAAUGGGCGUACCCUUACAGUCCGCUUUCGGCGGCUUAGGAAGCGCUCUGGCAUGCAAAUGAUGCAGUGCGCCAACUCAUGCCAAAUGUUGGCAAUGACCAUGCCAAGUGGUGGUGCCGGCGGCGAUGACGAUAAUGCCGAUUGUAAAGUUAUCUCACCUCCACCCGUGGAGUCAAUUACUAUAAGCGACAGCGACAAUGGCUCCGAUUCCAGUAACGAUGGCAAAGAUCAAAAGAGAAAGACAAAUGAACAGGACGAGAUAGAGAAGCUCAAGCGCCAGAUGGCCGAAUACGGGGCCAUCCUAAAGAGCUUUCAGAUCAGACAGAACAUUUUAGGAGACACACUUUCAUCGGCUAUCGUGCCCAAAUCGGAGCCGUGCCCGAAUCCAUCAGCCUAUAUACCAGUGUUAGGAUCACACGCAGUACAUGUAAUGCGCGACAUUAAAACCGAACGUGAAUAUUUGGGCAUUCCCGACGAGGCUAUGCCCGAGCCCAAACCGGUUGACAAGCCAACCACACAAACCCCCAUAGAUAAUAUCCCAGAAAAAGAGGAUCUGCAGAAAAUUAAAAAACCCAAUUAUUUUGGCUGGCUGUUUUCAGGUUUCACCAGGCGAGGCCAUUGUGCCAAAGAGACCACCGACAAGGUUUCGCCGAACAAGGAAGACCGUCUUGCAGAGCUGUAUGCCCAGCUGGAAGCCGAUUCUGAUCACUAAGUUAUCAUUCAAACGUCUAGCAAAUUAAUAGUUUUGAAGACGUCUCAAAUAAUAUAUAAUUAGUUUCUGUCAUCAUUAGA